UCCAUCUUCUUCUCUUCUCUCUGCCUUACCGCCGCAACCAACGUCUCCAUCACCUUCCCUUCGCAACCAACGGCGCCAUCCACCUUCUUUCUCCUUCCUCUCUCCGCCUUACCGCUGCAACCAACGCCUCCAUCCACCUUCUUUCUUCUUCUUCUCUCCGCCGCACAGCCUCACCCGCUCACUGCCGCACUCCCGCUCCGCCGCCGAUCUACCUUUAAUGUUAUGUGACAUGCAAUGCAAGGGAGAGUAUACAAAUUGAAGACCAUGGAUUUCAAGUUCUUGCUGUUAAGAUGCUGACAUGGCAGAGCUUGAGAAGAGAUUUACUGAAGUUGAACAGUUUUACUCAAGUGUGAAUAAAAAGCAGUCAAACACUCCAAGAGGUAACUCAGCUCAGAAGGAUUCAGAAAAAGAGAAGCAGAUUGCUAACUUUAAAAAACGGCAACAAGAUGCAUCACAGCGAGAAGCAGCUUCUGCUAAGAGAAUGCAAGAACUUAUGCGCCAAUUUGGCACAAUAUUACGCCAAAUCACUCAGCACAAAUGGGCAGGGCCUUUUAUGCAGCCCGUUGACGUUGAAGGUCUUGGCUUGCAUGACUACUAUCAGGUUAUUGAGAAGUCAAUGGACUUUAGCACAAUUAAGAAUAAAAUGGAGGCCAAGGAUGGUACCGGAUAUAAACAUGUCCGAGAGAUAUGCGCGGAUGUCCGCCUGAUAUUUAAAAAUGCAAUGAAAUACAAGGAAAGGGACGAUGUACAUGUGAUGGCAAAAACCUUACUGGGAAAGUUUGAGGAGAAAUGGCGUCUACUUUUGCCAAAAGUUGAUGAAGAGGAAGAGAAGAGAAAGAAAGAGGAAGAAGAGGCUUUUUCUAACAUGAUUUGCAUUUUUUGA